AUGGCUACUGCAACCGUAUCAACCCCGAUAAAGUCUCACAAGGCGCUCUUUUCGACGCGUACCGCUGGCGGGCGCAUGCCUCUUACUCCCUCUCCGCGGCAGUCUGGAAACGGCGUCAACUCGUCGCCAUUCACCCCGGAAAGACAGGGCAAAUCUACGUACGGAGGGAACCUCAUGUGCCAUUUAUCUCGGUCCAACAACGCCAGUAACACGCAUCGCGAAUCUCCCAAGUCCAACAUUGCCCGCGGUGUCUCCACGCCUCGGAAGGCUCUUGAGCUUGGCGUAUCUGAUUUCACCCUGACCGGAACCGGUGCGAAAACCCCGUCCAGCGCCAAGUCGAAAAAGGGUUCCCUGCGUCAAAAGCUCGGCAAAACCACCGUCAGCUUUGCUGGUGAUCGCUUCAUUCCAAACCGCGCCGCCAGCUCGGCAAUUGCCAACGCGGGCUCAGGCAAGCUCAGUCGCCAUGAUCGCCAACGACCAAGGAGCAACCUCGGGGAGAGUUCCUCGGUGCUGUCGUCUGCCGCCGACGAUGCUGCCGCCGCAUUGGAGAGCCUGACCAUCAAUGACGAGGAAACCGAUGGUUACUCCCGACCUUCCCCCAACACUGUUGCCUACCAGGACUCGUUGGCCACUGCCUGUGGGGUCAAGCUCAAGACUCGGAUUCUCGAGUUCAAGCCUGCUCCUCCCGAAUCUUCCAAGCCCAUCGAUCUUCGUCAGCAGUACAACAGACCCUUGAGGCCCACGGGCGCCAACUCUGCCCAGCUUCGCAGGCGCAUCGCAACGGCUCCAGAGCGAGUCCUCGACGCCCCCGGACUGAUUGAUGACUACUAUUUGAACUUGCUCGACUGGAGCUCGGGUAACCAGGUGGCCAUUGGCUUGGAACGCAGCGUCUACGUGUGGUCAGCCGACGAGGGGAGUGUGAGCUGCCUGUUGGAAAGCCCCGCCGACACGUACAUUAGCAGUGUCAAGUGGUCGGAUGACGGCGCUUAUGUCGGCGUUGGGCUGGGGACUGGCGAGGUGCAGAUUUGGGACGUGGCCGAGACUCAAAAGAUCCGCAGCAUGUUUGGCCAUGACACGCGCGUGGGCGUCAUGGGAUGGAGCAAGCACCUCCUCUCGACGGGCGCCCGAAGCGGUCUGGUCUUCAACCACGACGUACGCAUCGCCGAGCACAAGGUUGCCGAGCUCGUCUCUCACACCUCGGAGGUCUGCGGUCUCGAAUGGCGGUCGGACGGCGCCCAGCUCGCCACGGGGGGCAACGACAACCUGGUUUCCAUCUGGGAUGCUCGGUCUCUGUCCGUCCCAAAGUUCACCAAGACCAACCACAAGGCUGCCGUCAAGGCUCUUGCCUGGUGCCCCUGGAACAUGAACCUGCUCGCCACCGGCGGCGGUUCGUACGACCGUCACAUCCAUUUCUGGAACUCGACAUCCGGGGCCCGAGUCAACAGCAUCGACACGGGCUCGCAAGUCACGUCGCUCCGAUGGAGCCCUCACUACAGGGAGAUUGUCAGCUCCAGCGGCUUCCCCGACAACUCUCUCAGCAUCUGGAGCUACCCCACGCUGGUGCGCAACGUCGAGAUACCCGCGCACGAGAGCCGAGUUCUUCACAGCUGCCUGAGCCCCGACGGACAGAUGCUGGCCACGGCCGCUGCAGACGAAAGCCUCAAGUUCUGGAAAGUGUUUGAAAAGAAGGCUGGCUCGGCUGGAGGCAUGAGUGGCUCGGGGGCAUCCGGCAAGGCGGACGCUGUCAAGCACAUGACGAUUCGAUGA